AUGGACGGACGAGUAGGGUCAUUUCACUACAACUUCGAUCCACCAAAUUUCACUUCGUUACCACGAAGAUUUAAAAGAGGAAUUGAUGAUGACAGCGACGAUGUCGAGGACGCAUUUCGUUUACCAAAAGACGUUGAGGUGCUAGAAGAUUCGAUUGAUCAUCAAUAUUAUAUAAUGGAAAUCAAAGUCAACAGAUCGGAUCUGAUGAAAGAUUAUUACAUCGAUGUACCAGCAAUGUUAGAAAGGCCAGGAACUGUUGGUAACAGAAGUCAUUCAUCACUAUCAAAUAGCUAUAGAAGAGCUGUGGCGGCUAAGAUACAGUUCGACUUUCCUUUUUAUGGUCAUCGAAUGAGAAAUCUGACUAUCGCUACUGGUGGCUUUGCUUACAUUGGUGAUCAGUGGCACAGUUGGUUAGCAGCCACACAAUAUAUUGCACCGCUUAUGGCCAACUUUGAUACGCACGGCGAAAAUGCUACAAUUAUGUACGCGGAUGAUGGUGAAAAGUUUGUUAUGGAAUGGCGUAAUUUACAACUUCACGGCUUCUUCACUUUUCAAGGAUCUCUGCAUAAGAAUGGAGAUAUUUGGUUCGUCUAUAAAGAUGUACCAAUACCUGUAACAAAUAUCAGUGACUCUCAUCACCCAGUAAAAAUAGGGAUGAGCGAUGCGUAUCUUUUCCAUCACAGCGUGCAUAAUCCUCUUGCACCUAUUUCGCAGCCUCCAUCGAUAAAACGAGUUAUUUACGAAUAUCAUCGCAUUGAAGUGAAACCAUCAUUGAUUGUAUCAAAUACUAUCGUUCUACUGAAAGCUCAACCAACAUGCAUACAGUAUCAGAAUUGUGAAGAAUGUUCCAAUGCAACUUUAAAACAUUUUAACUGUUCUUGGUGUCAUUCGAAAGCGAAACACGGCGGACCUUUCUGCUCUGACCAAGCUGGAUUACAUAGACGUCGACAGCACUGGAUUGAAGGGAAUUGCAAAGAUAACGGUAAAGUGACUUAUUGUAGUGCAGAUGAAGAUUUCAAUGAAAUCGAUGAUGAAGACGACAUUCGGGAUGCAUCUGGAAAAGCACGAGUAACAGCAUCACCGUCAGAACCGGAUGAAGUGGUUGCAUGGGAUCGUGAAAAAAAAAUCAAAGUUCCAGAAAUAGCUAAAGAUAACCAAGAUGUAUUAGGUCGUUCUAAUAGCGGACUCGUCUCGAUAUUUGUUGUCAUAGUUGGUGUUGUAGUGCUGGCAAGUUGGGCCUCAUACGCAUAUUUCAAUCCCCACACACCAUCAGGCCAAUUACUGAUAAGGUAUCGUCCUUCGAGGUGGCAUAUGCCAUCAAGUCAUGUUCGAUAUAGUGCUUCAGUACAUAUGUAA